AUGGGGCUGUACCGGUACCGUCUAGGGGACGUGGUGAAGGUGGCCGGGUUCUACAACUCGACGCCGAAGCUCAAGUUCGUGUGUCGACGGAACCUGAUGCUGAGCAUCAACAUCGACAAGAACAGCGAGCAGGAUCUCCAGCUCGCCGUCGACAGCGCCGCCAAGAUCCUGGCGGCGGAGAAGCUGGAGGUGGUGGACUACAGCAGCCACGCGGAUGUGUCGCGCGACCCGGGCCACUACGUCGUGUUCUGGGAGCUCAACGCCGACGGCAACGACGACGUGCUGCAGAGCUGCUGCGACGAGCUGGACCGCGCCUUCACAGACCCCGGCUACGUGAGCUCACGGAAGACCAGCGGCAUUGGCCCGCUGGAGCUCAGGGUGCUGCAGCGGGGAACCUUCCAGAAGGUGCUCCGCCACUACCUCUCCCUCGGCGCCCCCGUCAGCCAGUUCAAGUCGCCGCGGUGUGUCGGACGGUCCAAUAACUCCGGCGUCCUCCAGAUCCUCUCCGCCAACGUCGUCAAGGUGUUCUUCAGCACCGCCUACGACUGA